UCGUCGAAAACUGUGCAACUAGGAAAGCUACUCGUGCGACCUAAGCAUAUCCGAUACAGGGAAGUGCUACUCGCUUCCUUAAGAGAUGCCCGUAAAAAAGGUCUCUGGAUACCGAACCGAAAACGGACGGCCGUUCGGGAAAUAUUUAGGGCCAAGAACGAUUCUAACAACAUGGGCCAGGCGGAGCAAGCUGCAACUCGUGUUCCAUGUAUUCAAGCCGAUAUCGAACGUGUUACCCGACUCAUCCCUGUUAAUCGCAGUCGGUUUGUCAUCGGGCUACUUCUCAAGGAAACCGGAGCCCAUAUAAAUUAUUCACUUGACUCUCACGUAUUCUUCUUAUAUCUACUACCACCAAUCAUUUUUGAUGCGGGUUAUUUCAUGCCUAACAGGGCUCUUUUUGAGAAUUUCGACUCGGUGCUUCUAUUCGCCGUCUUAUGGUAUCUUCUCUAUGGAAUUUUCUACCACGGAAAUUUUUGUCUUUUUUCUGCUCUCAUCUCAGCUGUCGAUCCGGUAGCGGUGAUUGCCGUGUUUGAAGAAAUCAACGUGAAUGAGUUCAUUUUUGUGAACGUCUUCGGCGAAGCGCUCUUCAAUGACGGUGUCACAGUGGUAUGUAGAAAAUUAAAUUCUUUUCCUAUUCAGUUGAUAAGAUCU